AUGGAGUACCUCACUCCUGAGGGCUCUCUGCCGGCAUUGCUCACUGACUCUCGGCUUCUCCCUAAACUACACAAGGAUGUGGCAGCAGUCCUGUGCGUCUUCUCUGAGGCCUUAAUAUAUCAGCUCCAGGCUGCAGCUCUCCUGUCAGCUGCUGAGGUGGAAGGGUUGCAGGUCACCGUGCCUGAGAAGAAGAAGGUGGCCAUGUUGUUUCAGCCUGCUCUGCUUCGCUGCCAUUUCUCUACUUCUUCCACCCAACCAGCUGUGGUACAGUGGAGGUUUAAAUCUUACUGCCAGGACCGGAUGGGAGAAGCUUUGGGUAUGGCGACUUCCGGUUUACAAACAAUGAGCAAGAGGAACUUGGACUGGGAUCCCUACCUGGACUGCGUGGACAGCAGGAGGACAGUCCGUGUUGUGGCUUCCAAACAAGGAUCUGCUGUCACUAUAGGGGACUUCUAUAAGGAAAGAGAUGUCAGCAUUGUCCACGAUGCAGACCUUCAAAUUGGGAAGUUGAUGUGGGGAGACAGUGGGCUCUAUUACUGCCUUAUUAUCACACCAGAUGAUGUGGAGGGCAAGAAUGAAGAAUCGGUGGAGUUGCUUGUGCUUGAGUGGGUCUUCGUGGGCCUUGUGAUCCUGGGGGCGUUCCUCUUCUUCCUCCUGGUGGGGAUCUGCUGGUGCCAGUGCUGCCCACACAGCUGCUGCUGUUAUGUCCGCUGCCCAUGCUGUCCUGAGUCCUGCUGCUGUCCACGGGCACUGUAUGUAGCAGGCAAAGCAGCAAAAGCUGGGUACCCUCCUGCAGUCUCUUCCAUGCCAGGUCCAUACUAUAUCCCCAGUGUUCCUGUAUCUGGUGUCCCGUCUCCUGCUGUGCUGAUGGAUAAGUCACACCCCCCUCCUUUAGCCCCAAGUGACUCCAGCGGAGGAAGCCAAAAUGCGGUGCGCAAAGGGUACAGGAUCCAGACUGACAAGGAAAGGGACUCCAUGAAGGUGCUGUACUAUGUCGAGAAAGAACUGGCUCAGUUUGACCCAGCUAGGAGGAUGCGAGAACGAUAUAACAACACCAUCUCUGAACUCAGCUCUUUGCAUGAAGAGGAUUUGAACUUCCGGCAGCCCUACCGCCAGGUGCGAAGGAAACCUCUGCCUCCUGCGGGGGACCUGGAUGGUGAUGCUGAAUACUGGGCAGGAGUGAUCGGCGGGGGCAGCACGUCAAGAUCACAGGCUGUCUCCGAUUACAGAGAUGAGCGGGACAGUUUCCGGCACAGCCAGCAGAGAUCCAAGUCCGAGAUGUUGUCCCGUAAGAGUUUCUCUGUGGGAGUGCCGGCCGUCUCUAUGGAUGAGCUGGCAGCUUUCGCAGAGUCCUACAGCCAGCGGACCCGGCGGGCAGACAGCCAGGAAACUCGGCGUUUCGAGCGGUCAGAGUCGCACGGUGGCCGUGGCGGAGGGCUGCCCCACCAGGAUAGCUCCAUGGAGGAGUACUACACCAAGCGUAGCAGAGGGAACCGAGAGCCACUGACAGACUCGGAUCGGGGCUGGUCAUACAGCCCACCCCGGAGACGGGCCCAUGAGGAGAAGCACCUGCCCAGGCUGGUGAGCCGGACGCCUGGAGGGAGCCAGAAAUACGACCACUCCUACCUCAGCAGCGUCUUGGAGAGGAAAUCCCGGAGCUACGAUGAGAGUGGCGACCACAGUGAAACCCCCUCAAAGCUGAGCUCGCAGCCCAGCCAGAGAGGAGGGGGGACGUACUAUGCCUGGUCACCACCCUCUACCUACAAAGCCGAGAAGUCGCAGCAGCAGCCACAACAGCCGCCACCACCACCUCAGCAGGAGGAAGAGGAGGACACCCUGCCCCCGUACAGCGAGAGGGAGCUGAGCCGAGGCCCAUCCUACAGGGCCCGGGAGCAGGCCUACCUCAACGCCUCUGACAAGAAGAGGAAAAAGGACCCCAAGAAAACAAACGAUUUCCCAACGAGGAUGUCCCUUGUGGUUUGAAGUUGUGGACGUGUCACGUUGAUGGGCUGGAUACUGUGAGGUGACUGUGGUGGAAAAGAUACAGAGCAACAAGCGAGACAGGCCUCCGUGAACCUUCACAGCCACCAGCCAUGGACUCUUUUGUUUUGAUUGUUUGUUUCAUCGGGGGAGCAGAGGCUUUUGUAAGAGACAGACUCCCAUAAACAGCACUCUAUCUCAGAGGCUCUGGGAGCCUGCCAGUAAAAUGAGGCCAGGGCUCUCUUUGGCACCCUGCUUUCCAGUGCCAUCCAGUCUGUGCUGGAAGGCAGCCACGUCCCUGCUGUCCCUGCAGCCCUCGACUACAAGCGAGACUGCCUUUGCGCCUCUUGCCCUGUCUGAUGUGCAGAGAGAGGCCUGUGUGCCUACCUCUUGCUCUCUCUGUCUCCUCAGUUCUCUGAUUGGAUUACAUAUUGUCUCCAUACUUAACUUAGCGCCUUUUCUGUACCAUCCCCAUGCUGGGAGGAGGCCUUGUUCUUACAGCUGCAGACUGCCUCCAGCUGAUCGGGCCCUAAAUCAUGAAAGAAAAUCUACAUCCUUUCAGAUACUAUAGAAGAGGACUGAUGAGGUGUUACUUUGGCAAGGGCUGAACAGAGAGAGAGAGAGAGACAAUUACGGGCUGGUUUGUUCAAUAUAUUUAGUUCUGUUCAUUGUGUGAUGAGAGUCACAGGUGAGAUUGAUGUAUUAUUUUGAAAGUGAAUCAAAGUAGCUUUUAUUGUGAUGAGAGCAUGAUGUGUUUUUUUCCCCCGUCCCCAACUGUGAUUUGUUUUGAUACAGUUGCAUUCACAGCUGAGCUGUGACCCAGUAGAGCUUCAAGCUAGAGUAUCUACUCCACCAUAUCGUAAGCAGUGCUCUAGCCUUGCUGGCGCUCUGCUUCCAGUGCAACCAGACAUCUCUGCCUAGGGGAAAGCCUCAGUUAGAGGGCAGCUGUAGAUCUUCAUUCUGUGCUACUGGUAUUACUCCUUUCUGGUCAUUAUUCCCAGACAUUGAAGAGAGAAGUAACGGCAAUGAAAAAAGAAUUAAUGCUGUGGAUGAACACAAGCUUUGAAAGUCACCUUUUUCACUUCCAACCAUUUCAUUCACUUCAAUUGUGACAUGGUUUUAGUGGCUGUUGUUUUAGGAACAGCUGAAUUUAGAAUUGAGUGCUUCACACCAUCUGGAAGCCUGACAUUCUGGUUUUCAUAGGGUACAAUGCAGUCAUUUCUUUAAUUUUUAGCUGCUAAAAUCAUAACGUGAAGGAAGGUGAUGGGAACAUUUUAAGGUCCAGCAUCUUGAGCCCUAUUACGCCUAGAAACAACUUAGUGCCCUGUUGUGUUAUGGACAUGGUCAGCGUCUGAAGUGCCAUCUCUGUUGUUACUCUGGAAAUCUGGGGAGCAGUCUGGCUCGGGUGCUCGCUCUGGCAAUACUGUUUUGAACACGAGAUUUAUUAACAUCAUUGCAGUUCUCCAUAAAAAUGACAGAUUCAUUUCUGUAUUACUCCUUUGCCAUAUUAGUUCACCAGGAAUGGUCAGGGGAGAGGAAGGCUAAUCUCCAUAGAUUUGAUGACAGUGUAGUUUUUAUGCUAAAAGGUGAAUUGAUGAAAGGGUAGCUUUCUUCUCCUCCCACACUCCUCUAGCGAUGAAUGUAGUUCUGGAAAUCCCAGUCCUGGGUCUUUUUGGUCAGAGAAGAAUUAGCCUGCAGGGCCAUAUGGUCAUGGAGUCACAGAAUGGUUUGGGUUAGAAGAGACCUUUAAUGAUC